UUGCCAAUUGGAUCAGGAACUGACCAAAUAUCUCACAUUUUAGAUACUGUACAUCUUACUUCAGUGUCCAUAAUGCCAUUAGAAUGGCUGUUUGGCCGGAAGAAAACUCCGGAAGAAAUGCUAAGACAAAACCAGCGUGCCCUCAAUAGAGCAAUGCGAGAUCUUGAUAGAGAACGAUCUAAAAUGGAACAACAAGAGAAAAAAGUUAUAAACGAUAUAAAGAAAAUGGCUAAAGAGGGCCAAAUGGAUGCUGUCAAAAUAAUGGCAAAAGAUUUGGUUAGAACCAGGAGAUAUGUUAAAAAAUUUAUCUUAAUGAGAGCAAAUAUACAAGCAGUUUCUCUCAAAAUACAGACUUUGAAAGCAAAUAAUUCUAUGGCUACAGCAAUGAAAGGUGUAACUAAAGCAAUGCAGAGAAUGAAUGCACAGCUGAAGCUCCCCCAAAUACAAAAGAUUAUGAUGGAGUUUGAGAAACAGAGUGAGAUCAUGGACAUGAAGGAGGAGAUGAUGACAGAUGCAAUAGAUGAUGCUUUAGGAGAUGAAGAUGAUGAAGAGGAGGGAGAUGCAAUUGUAUCACAAGUGCUAGAUGAAUUAGGCCUUCAACUAGGAGAUAAGCUUUCAGAUAUUCCCACCACUGGUGGCUCACUGUCAACUCCAGCUGCAAAACAGCCAGUCGCUGCAGGGCCAGUUUCUGACGCAGAUGCUGAUUUAGAAGCUCGUCUUGAAAAUCUGAGACGGCAAUAAAUAUAGACAUAACUCAUAUAUAAAGA